CAGUUGCACUUGGCCUUGGCUGAAGUCCGGUCCGGACGCGGGGACUGACGGGGCAGUCGAAGCCAUGGAGCGUGAGGUGCAGCGGCUUCGCCGGGCGUUCCGAUCCGGCCGUUCGCGGCCCCUGCGGUUCCGGCUGCAGCAGCUCGAGGCCCUGCGGAGGAUGGUGCAGGAGCGCGAGGCGGACAUCCUGGCGGCCAUCGCCGCCGACCUGUGCAAGAGUGAAUUGAAUGCAUACAGUCAGGAAGUCAUUACCGUCCUUGGGGAAACUGACUUUAUGCUGAGUAAUCUUCCCGAGUGGAUCAGCGCUAAGCCGGUGAAGAAGAACCUGUUCACCAUGAUGGACGAGGCCUACAUUCAGGCGGAGCCUCUGGGAGUCGUCCUGAUCAUCGGAGCUUGGAACUACCCGUUCGUUCUCACCGUUCAGCCGCUGAUUGGAGCCAUCGCUGCAGGGAACGCCGUGAUCCUCAAGCCUUCUGAACUAAGUGAACACACGGCUAAGAUCUUGGCCAAGCUGCUCCCUCAGUAUCUAGGCCAGGACCUGUACGCUGUCGUGAACGGUGGCGUGAAGGAAACCACGGAGCUCCUGAAGGAGCGCUUUGACCACAUCCUGUAUACGGGAAACGCUGCCGUCGGAAAGAUUGUCAUGGAAGCCGCUGCCAAGCAUCUGACCCCGGUGACUCUUGAACUGGGCGGGAAAAGUCCGUGUUACAUCGAUACAGACUGUGACCUGGACACGGUCUGCAGGCGCAUAACUUGGGGGAAGUACAUGAAUUGUGGCCAGACCUGCAUUGCUCCCGACUAUGUUCUCUGUGAAGCAUCCCUGCAGAACCAGAUUGUGCAGAAGAUCAAGGAAACCGUGCAGGUGAUGAUAAGAUUUGAAGACCUGGCUGUGUAUUUCACCUGGAAAGAAUGGCAGAACAUGGACAAUGCUCAAAAAAUCUUGUACAGAGAUGUGAUGCUGGAGACCUACAGCAUCCUGUUCUCCUCGGGGCAUUGUAUGACCAAACCUGACUUGAUCUUGAAGUUGGAGCAAGGAGCAGAGCCAUGGAUGGGGGAAGAAUGCCUACCUCAGAGCCUUCCAGUUGCUGUGAAAAGGGAUGACCUGGUUAGGACCAACCAGGAAUGUCAGGACAAAAGUCUGAAUCUUAAUGUUAAGAAAAAUAACAAGACAUCAACUCCAAAGAUAGUUGAAUUAAGAAAAACAUUUAAUUUAAGUUCAAGCCAUAUUCCCAAACUAAUUAUCAGAAAGAGAAAUUAUUCAAGAAUGAAACCCAAAGAAUGA